AUGCUAUGCUUGCGUUCAUUUGCUACGAACACGACAAGCCCGUCUAAGGCUGUUUUGGCGAUAUCAUCCAUCUCCCGAAAGCAUUGGAACAGUCCAAGCAGAGGCGGACAAAAUCUCACUGAACGCUACCGCAAACUAGAAAAUACUCUUCGGGGGGGAAAUGCUAUUAUGAAGCAGACAUCUGAGAUUUCUCAGGACGUCGAGGAUGCAUCCAAGGCCAGGUUAUCUCGAUUGAUAUCCUCUUCGCACUAUGGUGCGCAAAAUACUCCCAAUACCAUCGCGGGCCUUGUGAUCCCCGAAGAACCCAUACCACCCUCAGAUGAAGAAUGUUGCAUGUCAGGAUGUGCAAUUUGUGUCUAUGACCUUUACGAAGAAUCUCUAGAAGCUUACAAGGAGUCGAUUGUGGCCUUGCGCUCGUCGCUUUCUGCUCUUUCGAUACCAGAUUCCGAGUGGCCACACCGCGUUAGAACCAAUACACCAGCUACGGAAAAGAGACACGAGGUCAUCCUCAACGCAUUCGAAGAAAUGGAGCGUCAGUUGAAGGAGAAGAAGGAGCGGAGAGCUGCAGUGGAAGCGGAGAGUUAG